AUGAAGUAGAAACGGUAAACAGAAUUAUAGAAAUCUCUCUCUCUCUCUCUCUCUUCUCCCUUUCUCAGUUCUCUGUAGAAGGUAUCGACAUCUAUCUAUAAUAUAUAACGAAGCGAAAACAAUUACAACAGAAUCUGCAGAGGAGUCUGAGAGAGGCUUUCUUUUCUUUCUAAGCCCCGGGGAACUUCCCUCUCUCUCUUCAUUGUUUGCUCCUGGAAGCAAAGAGUCUCUUUUACUAUUUGAUCAACAUGCAGAGGCAGAAGAAUGAACGCUAUGCACCUUAGGAGCUCUAAUCGUCAUUUCUGCAUCUUCUGUAUCAUUCGCCCGUGUUCUCCUUCUCUGUUACCUGGCUCAAUCGGACGUUCGGUGGGGAGGAGUGUGGAGAAGAGAUGAAGAACGAAGAGCAAGCUCGGUUUCUGUUCGGGAUUUCCCUCACUGAUAGACCCAAGUGGCAACAAUUUCUGAUUUGCUCCUCCGGUUUCUUCUUCGGUUACCUCGUUAACGGGAUCUGCGAGGAAUACGUGUAUAAUCGCCUCCAGUUUAGCUAUGGUUGGUACUUCACCUUUGUACAGGGGUUCGUUUAUUUGGCGCUCAUAUAUUUACAAGGCUUCACCACCAAGCAGAUGGUGAAUCCAUGGAAGACAUACGUGAAGCUCUCUGCUGUUCUCAUGGGAUCUCAUGGACUAACCAAAGGGUCUCUAGCUUUUCUAAACUACCCUGCUCAGCUAAUGUUCAAAUCCACAAAGGUACUUCCAGUGAUGGUAAUGGGAGCCUUCAUUCCAGGGCUGAGACGAAAAUAUCCGGCACACGAAUAUGUUUCAGCUCUGCUUCUCGUGGUGGGUCUCAUCCUUUUCACCUUGGCAGAUGCUCAGACCUCGCCAAACUUCAGUCUCAUCGGUGUUGUGAUGGUCACCGGUGCCUUGGUCAUGGAUUCUUUCCUGGGUAACCUGCAAGAAGCAAUCUUCACCAUGAAUCCCGAGACCAGUCAGAUGGAGAUGCUGUUCUGCUCGACCGUAGUUGGGCUACCUUUCUUGAUCCCACCUAUGCUUUUGACUGGGGAACUGUUCAAGGCUUGGAACUCAUGCUCUCAGCAUCUUUACGUAUACGGCGUGUUGGUAUUCGAAGCAAUGGCCACCUUUGUGGGCCAAGUCUCGGUUCUCUCUCUCAUCGCCAUAUUUGGGGCGGCCACCACGGCCAUGGUGACGACAGCCAGAAAGGCGGUAACCUUGCUUCUGUCGUAUCUGAUAUUCACGAAGCCAUUGACGGAGCAGCAUGGAACAGGACUGCUGCUCAUAGCCAUGGGCAUCAUGCUCAAGCUAUUGCCCGACAACAGCAGACCCACUGCCGUCACCGCCAACAGCAGGGCAAAAUCCACGACCCCCACAACUACUACUAAAUUGGAAACUCAAGAGGAUGAAGAAAGGAGGCCCUUGGUAUGAACCCAAAAUUGGAGCAAGAGAAUAAAAGAGGAAAAGAGCUCUUCUUUCUGUGCUGUCAUUAUCAUUUUGUGCACCAUAUAGCAAGAAAAGCAAGAAAAGAAGAAGAUGGAGAGCAGAUGGUAGAUAAUUUUCUCGUGUUUGAUAACCUUCUGGGAAGGUUUUCUGCUUUAAAAUUACAUUUCUAAGUGUGCCAAGAAAGAAAAGGAAAAUGAGAAGAACCCUAAAGAGAGUUUGCUCUAUGUUUCGGAUUAACAAUUAAUGUAGAAUAGAGCAAACUGUUGGGACUUGGGAACCCUUUUCCUUUUUUUUUUUUCUUUCUGCAGCGUUUCUUUCUUUGAUCUUCCCGGUAUCCAUAUCCAGUAUCAUCCACUCGAGUGUCACAUGGCAAAGUAUAGUGUUGAGUCCUUCCGUUUUGGGUCCCAACCAGGAGAUCUAUUGGGCCAUAUUCACAAUAAAACUAUAAUGUUGUUUUAUGUGGGACCCAUCUCAUAAUGGGUCCUAAUCUUAUACAAUUAAUUUCUAACAUAUUGGUAGUACAAAAUUAUAUAUUUUG